CGCCGCUGCUGCUGCGGGCCGCCCGCGGGGGCGGCGAUCGCGCGGGCCCCAGGCGGCGGGUGGCGCACUUCACCUUCCAGCCGGACCCGGAGACCAAGCAGUACGGAGAAACCCAGAAAAUGAAUCUCUUCCAGUCAGUCUCAAGUGCCUUGGAUAACUCACUGGCCAAAGAUCCCACUGCAGUGAUUUUUGGUGAAGAUGUUGCCUUUGGUGGAGUGUUUCGUUGCACCGUCGGCUUACGAGAUAAGUAUGGUAAAGACAGAGUCUUCAAUACCCCCUUGUGUGAACAAGGAAUUGUUGGGUUCGGCAUCGGAAUCGCGGUCACCGGGGCUACUGCCAUUGCGGAAAUUCAGUUUGCCGAUUAUAUCUUUCCGGCCUUUGAUCAGAUCGUCAACGAAGCGGCAAAAUACCGUUAUCGCUCCGGAGACCUUUUCAACUGUGGAAGCCUAACCAUCAGAGCACCAUGGGGCUGUGUCGGUCAUGGCGCUCUCUAUCACUCUCAGAGCCCAGAAGCCUUUUUUGCCCACUGUCCAGGAAUAAAGGUGGUAGUGCCAAGAAGCCCUCUUCAGGCCAAGGGACUGCUUCUGUCUUGUAUCGAAGAUAAAAAUCCCUGCAUAUUUUUCGAACCUAAAAUACUCUACAGAGCCGCAGUGGAACAAGUACCCAUUGAUCCGUUCUACAUCCCUCUGUCUCAGGCCGAGGUGCUGCAAGAAGGAAGCGAUGUCACUUUGGUCGCUUGGGGGACGCAGGUUCAUGUCAUCAAAGAAGUGGCAGCAAUGGCUCAAGAAAAACUGGGAGUAUCCUGUGAAGUAAUCGACCUGAAGACGAUUUUACCUUGGGAUGUGGAGACAGUUUGCAAGUCGGUGAUCAAAACUGGACGACUCUUGAUCAGUCACGAGGCCCCGUUGACUGGCGGCUUUGCUUCAGAGAUCAGUUCAACAGUUCAGGAAGAAUGCUUUUUAAACCUCGAGGCUCCUAUCUCAAGAGUGUGUGGCUACGACACCCCCUUUCCUCACAUCUUUGAGACUUUCUACAUCCCAGACAAAUGGAAAUGCUACGACGCACUUCGCAAGAUGAUCAACUAUUGAUCCAACAGGUUUGGAGAAGGAGGAAAAAAGGUGGAGGAGGAGGAAGAAGAAAGGAGGAGACGGAAGCAUUCUACCGACCCCUUAGUCCUUACCUAGACCUGAUCACGACUCCCCAAUCGUGUUGUCCAGCCUUGCUGAAAAUGCAGAUCAAAAACUCAGGCAACUGCCCCCUAGUUUAGGCCUCAGAAGACCCUGGAUUUUAAAAAAAGAGUAAAAUUAAAAGGUGUUUUCAGAAGUAAAUGUUUUCCAGAAAAUGAAUGUAAAAAUGUGGAUUGAAUUUGUAGAACCCCAGCAGAUCUCAAUAUUACACGAUGGCACCGUGUAAAUAUUGGCUCUGGAAUUUUAUUCAGCCAGCCACACUCCCCCGGUUGUCUUUGGUUUUUGUCUUCUUCUAAGGAGAUGAGUUUCCAAUAAAAUCCUUUAUGGUCAGUUUAAAAUGA